CCAAGCUCUCUCCUUACACCAGCUCAAGCAAAACAUAGAGCCGCACAUUCAAAAUCAAAAUCACACCAGCUCUAGCAGAUAGAGAACAUUAGAUCCGAUGGCAAAAGCACAGGCACUAGCUGCACUGCUCCUUGCCAUGGUGGUGGCCCUCGCCGCCAUAGAGGGCGCCCACGCCAUCUGCGGCAUGGCGAACGAGGACUUCAAGCUGUGCCAGGCCGCGGCGUCCGCGAAUGACCCGACCGACAGCCCGUCGGCGGAGUGCUGCGCUGCGCUGGGUAAGGCCGACCUGGGUUGCAUCUGCCGCUACCGGGGCGUCGCCGGCAUCUGGAUGAGGAUCUACCACAUCGACCCCAGCCGCGCCAUGGCGCUGCCGGGCAAGUGCGGCCUCACCAUGCCCAGCAACUGCUCGUGAUCGAUCAAUCUAUGAGCUACGGCAUGUAUCACGAGUUCAUGGGACCGGGCACAAGUAGUUGUGUAUCGGUAUGCUAAAUAACUGGAGCGCAUGAAAAGAACUUGUGUUCCUUGAUGAUUUUAUCUAUUUUCUGCGUGAUUGUGAUCGUAUUAUGUAUUAUGCGCGUGUGUGUGUGCGCGCGCGCGAGCGCGUGAUUCAAGCAAUAGUGUCGUCAUCAAGCUGUUGUCAUUGUCACAGUAUGACAGUAUUGUUAAGAGCAGAGCUUGUUCUUGGCAAACAUUUGUUUGGGUUAAGCAUAGUUGCCGAGCUAGCAUAUACGUGUGCUUCUACAAUACCAUUGUGCUUCCGCUA